GGAGGGCUGAUCUCCAGUCAGAUAUCCUCACCUCCUUGGGGCGAUUACCAUUUUCGAAAAGAAUGGAUUACUGAUACUUUCACUCCACACCAGAUGAUUUCAGUUUUUGUGUGUGUGCGCGGUGUAAUCAGUCCUAAGAUGGACGGCGUAGCAAUACUUGCGGAUGUAAAGGCCGGACCCCUCUUCUGAAAAGACUGCGAUUUUCAAUGCAGGGCGACGAGUCUUUAAAGCUGCGUGAGUUGUUUUAGAUUAAUUGUCCUGUGUUUAUGACGGAUGACAGAAAAGGUUCACAGAUCCAUCUGGAUUUCAUCUCUUGUUUUCUGAGUGAGACCCAUGAGUCCUCAGCUUCAACAUUCCGUGUAGUUUAGAAGUCCACAGCAACGAUGCAGUCUUGGACACUAGCACCAGCGGCGCUCCUGUUUCUGAUAUCCUUGCAAGGGUUGGUAUGGUGUGACGACCAGGAGUUCCGACUGGUGAGGUACCUGAUGUCGAAUUACGACUCCGCCGUCCGUCCAUCUCUGUCGGUCGCUCAGCCGGUGGCCGUCGCCUUCCGAUUCUCGCUGCUCGCACUCCUCGCCAUGGAUGAGCGGCAAGGGGUUGUCUCCACGAGCUGCAGAAUUACACAAAACUGGAACGACGUCCACCUGCGGUGGAACGCCUCCGAUUUCGGUGGCGUAACGACGGUGCGCAUUCCUGCUUCACAGAUCUGGAGGCCGGAUGUGAUCUUACGUAACAACGCAGAUCCGUCGACCCCAACCAACAUCGGAGAAGAGCACGCAGUGCUGAAAUCUUCCGGAGACAUCACGUGGACAUCUCACGUGCUGCUGAAGAGCGCGUGCACGCUCGAUCUCCGUUUCUUUCCAUUUGACUUCCACCUCUGUCAUCUCAAUUUCACCUCAUGGUCAUACGACACCCAACAGGUGACGCUGUCUGCCGACCACGUGGAUCUUUCCAAUUUCCACCCCAACCCUGAGUUUCACUUAGAGGACGUCCUGCUGAGCCCAGGCGGCGGCAAAGCCCUGGCUUUUUCCUUGAUCGUGCGGCGGCGUCCAGGACCACCCCUGCUCCGCCACGUGCUGCCGUGCUUUUUGGUGACGGGCCUUGCAGCCCUCACUUUCUUGGUGCCGCCCACCUCGGGAGAGAGGGUCACUCUGGCCAUCGGAUGUUUGCUGGCCUUGCUGCUGGUCUCCGUAGCCACAGGUGGGGGCCCUAGAGCAUCGGCCCCACAAUUGCCCUUGCUCGGUGUGUACCAGCUGUGCUGUCUGUGUCUGGUCUCCUCCACAGCCUUCUUGUCCGCGAUGACCCUGGGUCUGCACUCGAAGGGUUCCGAUGGAAUCCCGCCAUCACCCUGGCUCAGGAGGUGCAUCUUGGGAUGUUUGGCGCCUAUGCUCUUCGUCCACCCCUGUCCCCCGAGAAAGGAUUCCAUGAACUUUCAAGAGGGAGACGAUGAUGAAAAGAAGAAAGGCAAGAGAAAGACCGUUUCAGGAGGCGGACCCCCUAUCGAGAGGUACAGCUCCUCACCCCAGCUGCUGAGGAGGAGGAGUGGUACGGGAGGUGGAGGAGGAGGAGGUGCAGAUACGAUGCGGAGCAGCGCGGGAGGAGAGAGAUCGUCCGAGGAGUUCGAAAGGCGUUUUCUCAGGGUGCUGGACAGGGUGCACGAGACCUUGGAAAGAAACGAGGCCAGAGACAUGGAGAACGAAGGAAGGGAAGCCGCCAGAGAAGAAUGGAGAAAAGUGGCGCAGGUCACAGACAGAUUGCUGCUGGUGCUGUUCUCGACUGGAUCCAUGCUGGCGGCGGCUCUUCUUUUCGCUUUCGCACCCCUUUGAGCGAUUUAGUUGUAUCGAUUCCAGAGACAUUUGAUCAGAGAAGAAGGCGGAGACCACACUACUGUUCUGCAAAAAUAUGGACUCGAACCGACCCAGGUCGGAAAGCAAGCCAGUCCAGCGGACCACAUCACUGGAUGCGGAGCUGUAGUAUGAAUGGGACAUGGUAGAAUUGUGUUUGGGACAGGGGCGAGCUCAGUGGCGCAAGCCACUGGUCAUUUUCCUUCAUACUUCCCUAUCUUGUAGCCAUAGACUUGGAGUGCACGAAGACGGGUAAUUUCAUCCAAGCAUCGUGCCAUGUGAAACGGGGGACAAAAAGAAAAUCUCAGAACUUUACACUUUUUGGAUGUCAUUUUACACUUUUUAGAUGCUUCUACCAUUACCAUUCAGAUUAUCAGGCGAAACAACAACAUUGGGGUGCAUUUUUACCACAUACUUAAAGAGUUCUUUAAGGUUUUAAUAUGAGUAGCGAGUUGCGGUCAUUAGAUCGAUUCUCUCCAGGGCUACUUGUGUGCGAAGCUCUACUGCCAUGAUAUCAAUUCAACUUUUUUUUUUUCCAAUUUUUACCUUUAUCCAAUCUUAAAAAAGUGUGAAAAUUCGCUUCAUGCUUAGCUCAAUAUAUAUAAUAAUCGAUUGCUUAAUACAUUUAUAGUUCUAUGAUCUAAAAUAUUAAAAGAAAAAUAUAUGUAGGAAAUAUAUUUUCUUAUCAAAGAGAUUUCCGAAUUGUAUCUAAGAAUGCAAUUUGUAAUAGGGCUUCUCGUCGCGUGAAAAUUCAUCCACUCAUUAUUGCUUUGCCUGUAACCGGGCUCGCAUCAGACCCCCAUCGUGAAUCGGAGAACGGACUCCAUCCAAAAAGUUGCUGCUGUGAACGCCAUUUUCUGAAUGAACCCAAGUUCUUGGACUGCGAAUUAUUAAAUCUUCAAUCAAAUGGUACUUCGCAAGAGAUGAAGUGUUGCAUUCUUAAGUCAUAAAUGGGUUGAAGUACUUGAUAAGCUCACCAUAAAAGUGAUCUGAAAUUUUGAAUUGGCCUUUUGACGGAUUUGCAGUGUCUGCCAUCGCAUGUUUCAUGAAUGUCUCAAAACGGGACGAUUAUCUAAAUAAUAUCAAGCAUCUGAAGUCUUGGGAAUCUUCCACCCAAAAUUUCUUUUAAAUUUUAUAAUUACGAAUGAUGCAAAAAUAUCACAGCUAAAAAUCAAUAUAACUGUUUUCAUUUAAAAUAUUAAUUUAGAGAAAGUUUUCGAUUAUGAAAAAAAUGUGUCUUUGAAAAAUGUGUCCCUGAAAAAUGAAUCUCUGAAUUCAUAUGAUAAAUUUCUUUUGAUAUAAUUCUUCUAAUAAAUAAUAAUCUAUUCAAUGAAAAAAAAAUUAUCAUUAUUUUAGAGCUUUCAAUAUUUUUAGCUAUUCCAAGUUAAUUAAUUACUUUUUAAUAUUGCAAAAUAAAUAUUUUUUACUUUUUUUUAUAAACAAUUUCAACUGUUUAUAAUUUUUUUAUAAAAGUAUUAAAAUCUCGGAUGAUAAAAAGAUAUAAAGGUAGCUACAAUAUUCGAUUGCGAAAAGAACUGUCGAUAAAUUCGUUUUUCUUUUCACUUUUGAAAUAUCUAAAAUAGUUUUAACGAAAGUCCGGACUUUAAAAUUCUCCAAAAGACCCACACAGUGAUUAAAUUUGUCAUUUAUAGAUUCUGAUGCAUCUGUAAGAGAAUUUGACUCGUAAAUGACUUGGGGGAAAAACAAUAGUAAUUAUUUAACUAUGUUUUCUCUAUUUUCUAAGUUUAAUCGAAAUUAGAAGCAGAUGUAAUCACAAUUUGAGUUUCUAAGAGAGGCCAGAUCACCGUCAAUAAUAUCAUGCGUUUCUAAAGACGUGUAUUAAAAUUUUGAAAAGAGCUCCGUGAAAUGAAAGAAGCUUCAUUUGGAAUGCCCGCAGAAUAGCAGUUGCCGGUGUUUAAUCCUUCUCUGAACGAGCUCCAAGUUUUAUAAAGGGAAGCAAAUAAGAGUAAGAAAUUCAGGAAAAGGCAAUCUAAAAUUUAAUGUUAAAAUUAAAUUAUAUCACUUUUUUAAAAAAAACUGCUACUUCGUCAAAUAAAAAAAGGCAAUAUGGGAUUCAUUUUAUUAACCAGUUAUUCAACUAUUUAAAUUCUUGAAUGGUAGUAUUUAGUGUAUUAAUUUUCACUCAGUUUGUUCUUUAAAUUAGAAUCUGUUCAAAUAUAUCAUUUGCACUAUGGCUAUUAAAAAAGUGUCAGGAUGAAUCCGUCCUCUUGCGAAGGCACCUAAAACUGCAGAAAAGCUUUGGAAAUGUAUCGUUGGCUUGGCAUUGAAUAUUUCAAAUGGAAUUCUAGAUGGCAACUUUUUGGAUCAGGAUCCAGACCCCCACCAACCGCUGAAGCUUAAGCCUCUCACCGAACCGGUUCAGUGAACGGCUCCCCAUUGCACUUCAAAUGAGUAAAACUCACGGUAGAAAGUCUAUAGGCAUGGAACAAAUUUAUAGUAGAACUCAGUGUAGGUGUUGUAGUGUUUCCAGAUGCUGACUGCCACGUGUACAAUAGAAAUGGCAUCUAUUUCCUAUAAGAUUCCUAUUGUUAUUCGAAAAUUUAUAUGAUGUGGUGUUUCUGUCUUGGGACCUAGAGAGUAUGUUUCCCUCUACCUUUACUUGCUCUCACCAACCUGUUGAAUUUUACGAGAUUAUUCUAGAGACUGUAUAGAUAGAUGGCUAUCACAAGCUAUGGGAGUCCUUUCUGAGUCCCCCAUGUGAUACUUUGUUCUGUGGGAAAGAUUCUUCAUCGGCUUAUUUCAUGCCAUUCUUUGAGGAAAGAUCACGGAGAUAGGUUUCCUUGGAUUAUUUGUUAUGUAGAUUAAUUUAUUACAUAGAUUGAUUUUUUUGGUACUUGCAAAGAUGAACAACAUUCCAUGAACCAUGUUUAAGAAAAGAUAUCAUCUAUUAGAAAUAACAAAUUUCUGUCAUUCAUUUUUGCUCUUUGAAAUGAGCAUAUAAAAUGUAGAGGCAGUUCAAAAUGAAAUACUCAUGCUCUUUUUAUUAUUGACAAAGAGGUAAUCUUCAGGAAAACGCUCGUUCUUUGAUGGCAUACGUUUCAGGAUACGGGGAAAGAAGGAUAAAAUAAACUGAAAAAUGAGUUUCGUAAAAUUUUUUAGAAAAUAAUUAUGGAUGAUUUUACUGAAAUUUUUGAAAUUUUACUGAAUUGAUUUCACUGAUGAUUUUUUUAAGAAAUGGAUGAUUUUACGGUAAUAAUGAUAUAGUAGGUCAGGUAGAAGAAAAUAAGAGCAGUUUUAUCUAGGAAAGGAAACAAUACCAUUUAUUCUAGCUACACUGUUUAACCAACAUAAGUAGAAAUGAAGACAAAAUACACACAUUUGCUGUUAGGGAUUUUAACAAAAACAACAAUAAUUGUGAUUAUGAUAUUUGCAAUUUAAGAUCUUUCUAAUUUUUCAACAUUAGGAUUGCAAAAGAUGUAAUCAAAAUAUAGAUAAAUAAUUUUUAGAAAAUGGAUAAAAACAGUGGUAGUUCAUGUAGAGGAAAUGUGUGGGAAGGGGGGUGAGUACUAUAAUUUAUUGGGGAAUAUAUAGUAAGUUUGCUCUUUCUAAUUAAUCUUGUACAAUUUAAUUACUAGUCAAUAAAAAAUAUUAAACUUUUUCACAGGAUGUAGAUAAGUUUAACAAAGAAAUUAACCUAUAAUUUUUAACUAGAUUUAAUUAAAAAAAUAAGCUUUAAAAUGAACAGUUUUAUUUAUUUCUGUAAAGAUUCAUUAUACUAUGGAUCAACAAUUAAAUAGUUAAUUAAAAAGUAAAAGCAUUUUUUAUUUUAGUUAUUUUUCUAAUUUACAGCUUUUGAAAUGUACUCAUUAUUAUAAAUAUUAUAAAAAUAAUGAAGUCAUUUUUUUUCACAAAUUCGCUGCCAAGUGGCGUCACAAGUACAGAAUCAGCAUAUCCUUAAAUUAAUUAAUUAACUGAUAACUGAACACACUGAAAGGAAAUUUCAUUCUCCAAAGCAUGCAAGUACACAAAAUUUUGUAGCUCUCGCAUAUCAGGAAGAGAAGGGAAAAUGGAUUCCAAAUUUCCAUUGUUACGAAGAUGAAACAAAUUAAAUAAAAAUACUUUGAAAAACAGAAGUUUUGGGGGGAAAUUAUAAUUCUUUUCUUUUACAAUAGUCAUUCCCAUUUCCAUUCGAAUUUACCUCAUACGCAUGAAUCAAAUUGACAUUUGUGAAUUUAUGACAAUACUUGCAUUUACAAUGUGUAAUUAAUAUAGACGUCACGACUCUUUUUUUUCUUUUACUAUUUUUGUCUUUCAAAGACUGUUUGCAUCCUUGAAAUGUAUGCCAUCAUGAUCUGGAAAUGUUUUACAUGCUCCACAGUACGCCGAAAAGGGAUGCUAUAAUUCUGAUAAGGAAAGUAGGCGUAACUUCAGAAAAGGGCACAGAAGUUCAAGAGAUAAAUUACUCCUUAUUGUGGCGAUUCAUUAAUUAAACAUCUUAACGAAAUAUUAGAUUCGUAAACCAUUGUUUUGAAUUCUGAGUGCUACUUUAUAUAAGUUAGUAAAAAAUCAGAUGGUUUCAACUCACGAUUAAUUAAGAGCUUUAUUUGAAUGAUAUAAUCAAGUACAAACAAUCUGGUGACACCAAAGCAAGUCUAUAUACUCUUUUAAAUGUAACAACUUCAUCAUUUAAAAUAUUUUUAAAAAUUAGAUUUAUACAUUUAUCACGAAGCAAUGUACCGGUGGAUCUGUCGGGUUUUAAUAUCGUUAACUCCCAAUGAUUGUCACAAUUCGUUGAAUCCUAUAAAACAAAAUAUUGAUGGUUUUCUUUGAAGAGAGAUUUCAAGGCCAAUUUUACGAGAGGCUUUCUGUAAAUUAUUUUAUGCAUUAUGAAAUAUAUAUUAAAAUAAUUUUAAAAGGACAAUAUAAGAAAUAAAAUGACGUUCAUGAUGCUUUCAUAAAAAUUGAUUUUUAGACGUUUUUCAUUACGAUGCAAAUAGUGCAUUCUGCAUGCAUUUUUCUCAUCUUCAGUCUAAUUUCUAUUUUAAAUUACGGCAGUUGAAUAUUUUUACCGAGAUUUUUUUCUAUAUCAGUCGUUGAAAUAUUCUGUCGGAUAAACUUAGUGUUCAUGAAACAAUCUUUAUUGAGUGAAAUCGUUCUGAUAAUCUGUUAUUGCGUUCUUGCUGAAUUAUUUACAAAAGACAAAAUGCGUGUCAAAUGUUUUAUCUAGACAAUAUCAAUGCUUCUUAGGAAGAGUACAAUCAUCAUUACAUUAAUUUCUGAACAGGACCACUUAGGCUUCUGAGCUUUAGAGAAAAGAAAACAUAUUAAAAAGGCAAUCCUCUUUUAACUAGAACGUCUCGUAUCGAAGACGAAUGCUCAACUGCUUAGCGUUACACCUCCUGUCAGGGUCUCCGAGAAUCAAUUAAAUGGUAGUUGGUGUCUUUCUUUCUUUAACUUUAAAUUUGUAGCUAGAAUGUAUGCCUUUAUACCCGUUUCGCUGUUUUUGGUAUAUAUAACCUCAUGUGCCAAAUGGUCGUGGAUGGUUCCACACAAAGCUAUCAUAUUCACUGAAUUUUAAAGAUAACAGUUACCAUCCUUGUACUGCCAUAUAUCAGUAAAAAGCACAAAUAGACAAUAGAUAAUGGCUCUAUUGCAAAGCUCAAGUUGAAAAAGUGCAAACACUACAGAAUCCGCAAUGAUACAAUUAUGAAUCCUACUAAAUUGUUCACGUGCUCUUAUAUUUUUCUGCGUGCAGUUGUUUCGAUUUUAUACUUACGGGCAGCAGCUAAAAGGCUGAGUGAAUGUUUAUCAAAAUGCAAUUUUGUCACUCAUUUUUUAAAUUAUAUUGCUAUAUUGCGCCAGGUCACGACAGCUCUUAAACAAUAAAGAAAGAUUUGUAACUUUAUAGUAGACACAUUAUCUUUCUACACGAUAAACCAUUAUAAAAUAUUUAAAAUAAGUUAACUAUGAGGGAUAUAUUCGCUGUGCACUUCGAAAAUCAUGUUGUAGAAAAGAUUUCUUUUUCUUCUCACAGAUACCUAGAUGGCAUUUUGUAUCUCACAAGCCGGCGAGCUGCUGUUCUAAAUCUCGACAGGAAGACUACUCCCGAGCUUUUAAAUAAUUCUAAAUUUAUUGGAAUAAAUCCGAUCUUCUAGACAUUUUUAUGUAAAAAAACUAAAAGGCUACAUCGACAUACCAGUCGCGUUUAAUGAGUGGCCAGACUAGGAUUAAACUGUUUUGUUUCACUCUGUACCUUUUAAUACGAAUUUGAAAUUUUUAAUAUUCAAUACUUAAAAUAUAAAGUAACUGAAUACAUAUAAAUUUGCUAUUCAUUAGCCAAUAAUAUCGUAACUUCUGGAUCAAUCAUCGCUAUCUAAGAUUAUUUUCAUGAUAAAUUCUACUCAAGAGACUUUGGGUAUCAUUUUAUGCAUCGUAAAACAAUAUUCGAACAGUGACAAAACAUGUUAGUAACAGACGAAUUGAGUUGAUAAGUACAGCUCCAAAACUGAAAUGAUUUCAAAUUGUUCUCCCUCUCUCGGAGACCCUGCAUUCUGUACACACCUUCGAGCUUAGAUUAUUUGAGAUUUCUAUCGGAAGAGUUAAAAAGGGAUUCCAUAGAUGCUCCACUCGUGUACUCAAAAACUGGGGAAGGAACCCACAUGUCAUAGAAACCACCUGUUGUCCAGAUGUCAAGUGUGUCUCGAGCAGCGACCGAGACCGCCAAACGUACUCUGCGCACAAUCCCAGAUGCACUCAGUGCACACUCCCUAGACACCAGAGAGAGUGUACAGCACUCCCAAAUAAAAAUUCACUCUUUGAA